AUGAAAGAAAAACUAGUAGCACUAUGGAAACAAAAAAUUUUAUUGAAGCACCAAGCCAAGCUUAUUUUGUAUCCGAACCAGAGUAGAUAUCUUAGAACCCAUGGGAAAGUACACAUGGGCUUGAACAAAGACAACAAAAAUGGUGAAAACGUAAACAAUCAAAAUUCUAUGCAAAAUGGUGAAAGCAUAAACAAGGCAGGUCCUAAGCAAACUGCUCAACACGAGCCAAAUGAAGAAGAAAAAAACAUUUACAAAGAAAUGACAAAAAAGUUAUAUAAAAAAUAUAAUUAUUAUGAAAUUGGAAGUAAUCCAAAUAAUGUUUAUCAAAAUUGUAAGAAAAAUUAUGCAUAUAUAAACGAAUUAAAUAUCCAUAAAAUGUUAUUGUUAGGUUUAAAAAAAUUAAAUAUUACUGAACUUAAUAAUAUGCAAAUUAAUACAUUCCUUACUAUCCAACAAGGGAAAGAUGUUCUUUUAAAUUAUCCUGACGGGUCAGGUAAAACAUUAGCAUAUAUAUUACCAAUUAUAAACAAUAUCUAUUUUAUUCAUGAUUAUUUAGAAAAAAUAAUUUUAGACAGUUAUGAAGAUGGUGAGAAUAGUUCAAUCAGCCAAAAUUACAAAUCAAAUAAUAAAUUUAACAUAUAUAAAGAAAUGGGAAAAUAUUUACUUAAAUAUUCUUAUUAUAAAAAUAAUGCCAUCUUUGAAGAUAACACUAUUGAAGUACAUAAAAAAAUGAAUAGAAGAGAAAAUGACAAUUUUAAUUUACUUCCAACAAAAUUUGAAAAGGAUCUACAAAAUAAAAAUGACAAUACUUAUAAACAUUCUCAACUACUUGGUAGACAUUCCAAAAAAAUAAACUUAAAAAAAAAUGAAUCUACUUCAAAUCAAAUAGAUUGUCAAAAUGGAAACAUAAACAAUAUUAGCAUUAUGAAUAAACUAAUUGAAAUAAUAAAAAUUAAUAAUAUCAAUUUAAGUAAUUUGAAUAGUUCUGAACAAAAUAAUAGUGAGUUACAAAUAUUAAAUAAUAUUCUAAAAAAUGGAAAAAUCGAAAAAAAAAAAAAUAUUCCAAAUAAUUUAAAUGUGUAUGAACAAACAUAUAGAUAUUUAAUUCGAAAUCCGUUACAAAUAAAUAAAACAGUAGUCAUAAUAACAAUAAAUAAAGAUAAUAUUAGUCAAAUUAUUAAUUUUAUAAAAAAAAUUGAUAUACUAAAUAGAAUUAAUAUUCAAACAUUGAACGAUGUUCCUUUUGUAGAUAGUGAAAAAGGUAGAGAAAAUGAAAUACGAAAUGGCGACACGCCAGAAGACAAAUAUAACAGUUUUUACACCCAAUUUGAUGUUGCUAAUUUACAAGUUGAUAAAGUAAAUUAUCUUAAUAAUCCAGUUUUAUGUAAUAAAGAAAUAAUGUGGGUAGUUGCAGACAUUUUAGUAACAACACCAGAUAUAUUUCUUAAUACAUAUAAAAAUAUUGGAUUUGAAAAAAAUUCAAAUAAACCCAUAAUUCCAUCAAUCAUUAUUUUUGAUGAAGUAGAUAUGCUUUUCCAAAAUAAUGCUUAUAGAAAUACAAUGAUGAAUAUAUUUCAAAUUAUAAAAAAAAGGCCUGAAAUAUAUAACCCACAUAUAAACAUAAGCGAAAGAAAUAUUGAAAAUAUAAACAAAGAAAUAGAUAAUAUUUUAAUAAGCAAUAAUAAAGACAAAAAAAAUAAAUUAAACACACAUCCAAACAUUGAGUUAGAUCAAAAAUUUUCUUUAAAUAUUAAUGAACAAUCGGUAUUAGAAAAAGUGCCUAAAAAUAAUAAUUUAAAAAAUGACGAGAAAUCAGUUAUUCAACUAAUUUUUAUUUCUUCGACCUUACCAUCUGUUGGACAUACUACAGUGGGAAGUAUGCUCAAUGAAAGGUUUAGCAACUUAGUUGAUAUAGUAAGUAAUUUUAAUUAUAAAAUUCCUAAAAAUGUUCAAACACAAUGGAUAGAAUUAAAUAAAGAAAAAAUAAUUAAUUUAUAUUUAUUCAAUACACAAUAUAAUAAUAGUGAAAAUAAUAAAAUCGAAGAAACAUUACAAGAUUUUUCAUUAUCAAAUAAAAUAAAUCAACUAGAAAUUUCAUCAUUUGAACAUCGACUUGAUAUUUUAAUUUAUGUUUUAAAAAAGUAUCAUGAGUUCACAAUGAAAUAUGUAGAACUAUUUGAUAAUGUAAACUGUUCAGGUGAAAAUGAUGAAAAUCUUAAAAAGUUUUAUGAACAUUGGAAUAAGAAAUCAAAAACAUUAACCAACAAACUUGAAUUAAUAAAUAAAUUUCCAAUUUAUAAAACAAUUGUAUUUGUAAAUAGUGUAAAAGAAUGUUUUAAAAUUUAUAACUUUUUAAAAAAACAUAACUGGCCUGUAUAUAAUUUCCAUAAAAAUCUAUCCUUAAAUUCUAGGAUACAAAGUUUACAUAAUUUUUCAAAUGCAACCAUUGGAAUUUUAAUAACCACAGAUUUGUUAAGUAGAGGUAUUGAUACAAAAAAUGUUGAUCAUGUAAUUAAUUUUCAUUUCCCAGGUGAUGCUAUUACAUAUCUUCAUAGACUUAGCAAAAUAAAUCGGUUAAGUAGUGAUACUAAUAAUUUAGAAUCAACAAAAAUGGAUAUUACUUCAUCUAAAGAUAAACAUUUUCUUGUGACUAAUUUUAUUUCUGCUACAAAUACACAGCUAGCUAAUUCAAUCAAAAAUUUUGACAAUAAUAAUAUAAGUUUAUUAUCAUUAUUUUCUAGAAAAAAAUCAUUUAAAAUGAAAAAUAAAAGAAAAGAUCCUGAAACUAAUGUAAACAAAAAAUACAUAGAUAUAGAUUCAAUUCAAAAUAUUGAAUUAGAUAUAAAUGAUGCAAAACUUAACAAAAUGCUUCAAAUAUUUCCUAACGAAAAAUAUGAAGAAAACACAAAAUCAACUAUCCAAUCACUACAAAAUCAGCAAGAUCAUAUUUCAAAAUAUGGAAAAAAUGAUUCUUAUCACCAAAAUGAAACUUCUUUAAAUAUGCCCACUACAAAUACUGCAACAUAUGGUGAUACUUCGAAAAAUCCACAUCUUCAAGCCCCUUUCACAAUGUUUUCAUUAAAUCAAGAUGAAGACGAAAGUGAUGAUGAAGAUUUUGAACAAAAUGAAGCUAACUCAAAGUAUAAUAUUUAUCAAGACAUAUUACGUGAUGCUAAACAACCAUAUAAAGAAUCCCAUAACUUUAGUAAUAAACAGUUUGAAGGAAAAAAUAAUAAACUUCCCUCAUGGGAUAAUGUCCAAUUUGAUCAUCAAAAAUAUGUAAUUGAGAGAUUUAAAAAUAAAGAAUGCCAUUUGGUUGGACAGGUAAAACGAGGGAAACUUAUUUUAAACAACUUCGAAAGCAACAACAAUGACGAUGACUUGCUGUUUUAA